AUGGGAAAACUAUGUCAGGAUAUGGUAUUAAACAUCGUCGUUAGGUUGCCUGUGAAGUCAAUCUUACGGUUCAGGUGUGUAUCAAAAGACUGGUGCAAGUUAUUGAAAGACCCUGAUUUUGUGAAAAAACACCUAAGGUUUGCAAUUGAAAUGAAUAAAUUCAGUUUAAUGAUGCACCCAUUGUAUGUUUUUGACUUAGAAACCUACACUUUAGCUUAUGAUCCGUCUUCAUCUACACUUAGUAACUGUGUUAGUAUAAGAUAUCCUUGGGGGACAACAUUUUGGGGAACUUGCAAUGGCUUGGUUUGUUUAAGCACCUUAUUUGAUGAUCUCGUCCUUUGGAAUCCCGCUACUAAGGAGUUUAAGGAAGUACCACCAAGGCCAAUUGAGUCGGUGAAUGAAAUUAGUAAUUACUUCCUAUAUGGAUUUGGGUAUGAUGAAAAGUUUGAUGAUUUUAAGGUUGUAAGUAUGUUGGGGAUUCAGAACGUAUAUAAUUGUGUAGUUCAUAUAUAUUCACUAAAAUCUAAUUCUUGGAAAAGGCUUGAGAAUAUACCUUAUGAUCUUUAUCAUCCUAGAGAACGUGAUAUAUCUCAAGCAAGUGUUGUUAAUGGAGAUAUGCAUUGGUUAGCAGAAACUGACUCUGCGCCCAACCAAGUCAUACUCUCUUUUGAUUUCAAGGAUGAUAGAUUCGAUAAGAUGCCCCUACCCAGCAUUUUAGCUGAAUACGGUUUCGGUGGUACAUAUUUGUGUUCAUUGGGAGGGUCUCUUUGCUUAUUUGGUUCUCAUUUAUGCGGUGAUGGGAUUAAGGUAUGGGAGAUGAAGGAGUAUGGAGUGACUGAAUCGUGGGUUAAACUCUUCACCAUUAACCAAGAAACUAUCUCUCACUUCUUUAGACACUUGGUUCCGCUACAGUUUGUCAAGAAUGGCAAGGUUUUAUUAGCAUAUGACACCAAUGUUGAUUUUCAUCUGGAUUUGUAUGACCUAAAGCAUCAAACCACCAUCAAUAUCAAGGCUCAUAAUGCAAAUGGGGAUUGGUAUGCUGCUACUACCUUUGUGUAUGUGGAGAGCCUUGUACCUCUAAAUUCGGGUACUUAUGUUUGGCAACAAGAAACAGAAGACUUCGAAGCUGGCACAAGAGCAGUAAAUAGAGGACACUCGGUAGAAGCGGGGGUAGAAGAGGAAGAUAUCGCGGAAGGGUUUCCUGCAAGUCCCAAAACAUUUGAUGAUGACUCAGAAGAGGGGGCAGAAGAAAAGGUUGCUGAAGGGUUUCCUGUAAGUCCCAAAUUAGUCGAUGAAGCUAGGGAAACAAGUCCUGAAAAGACUUGUGAAAUGUUGGAAAUCAGAAAGCUAGAUUUGGAAACAAGAAAGAUGGAUUUAGAAACAAGAACAAUCGAGUUGAAAAUUCGUGAGCAAGAGAACCAGCAUAUGAGUAUGGACACAUCAAAAAUGAAUGCUUUACAGUUGAAGUGGUGGCAAACGUGUGCUAAAGAAAUUACAGAAAAGCAUAGGGUUUCUGACAUGAGCAUUGUUGAUGUCAAUGAUGACAAAGAAGCAGAAGAUGAAGACCACAUUGAUGUAGAACAAGAAGAGGACAUCGAGAACAGAAAGAAGAAAGCAAAGAUGACGUGA